AUGAACACGGAGGAGACGAACGUGGAGCUGAAGGAUGCGGAGACCAAAGAUGCUGAGCCGGAGGAUGCGGCGGAUCCCGCUCAGGCCGCUGCGGAUGCUGACGCGACAGAGGCCGAUGUGAGCGAAGCUGAUCUGGACCAGGAGGAGCAGGAGAAGCUGCCGAUGACCGGAGGAGGAGACCGGGAUGAGGACGCUCCGUCGGCCGGCGGAGAGGCGGCGGCGGUGGAGAAGAACGGCUCCGUGAAGCUGAAGAUCCCCGAGGAGGCGGAGGAGGUGAAAUUCACCGGACUGAACAAAGAGGAGCUGCUGAGGGUGGCCGGGACCCCCGGCUGGGUGCGGACCCGCUGGGCGCUGCUGGUGGUCUUCUGGCUCGGCUGGUUGGGGAUGUUGGGCGGAGCCGUCCUCAUCAUCCUGCAGGCUCCUCGCUGCAGAGACCUACCCGCCACCAACUGGUGGAACGACGGCCCGCUUUACCAGAUCGGAAACAUCCAGGCCUUCACUGACAGCCGCAACCUGAAGGGCCUGGAGCAGAAGAUCGGCAGCCUGUCUCAGCUGAAGGUUAAAGGUCUGGUGGUCGGACCGAUCCACGUCGCUCCGGCAGACGAAGCCAUGAACCUGAGGUUCGAGGAGAUUUCCCCCGAAGCUGGAAACCUGGAGCAGUUUAAAAGCCUCGUCCAGGCGGCUCAUAAGAAGGAUAUUUUUGUAGUUCUGGAUCUGACUCCAAACUACCAGGGAACAUCUGGACCCUGGUUCUCCAACAUCAGUGUGACCAACGUAGCUGAGAGACUGAAGUCUGCUCUGGUGUUCUGGCUGAACGAAGGCGUAGACGGUGUGCAGCUGUCGGGGGUGGAGCGGGUGGCCAGCGUGGUGCCGUCUCUGUGGAGCGACAUCCGAGCCAUCGUCCAGAACGGGACGGAGGAGCAUCCCAACAAGAGAGUCCUGAUCGGCGUCACAGAGCGCUCCUCAGCUGAAGACGUGUCUGAGCUCCUGUCCUCCACCGGCGUCGACCUGCUGAUCUCCAGGGUCCUCCGCCCCGUCGCCACCGAGCACGCUCAGUCUGUCCAACUCUUGUAUUCGUCCCACAGCCAGACCAAGCUGGCCUGGAGCCUGGGGGGGCGGGCCGAGGGUCACCUGGCGUCGCUGGUGGGCUCGGCUCUGGUCAAACUGCACCAGCUGCUGCUGCUCACGCUGCCCGGGACCCCCGUCUUCAGCUACGGAGACGAGAUCGGGCUGAUGGACGAGGGCACAAAGUCUCCCAGAAUGCUUUGGGACUCUGACGAGGAGCUCAACGGGACUCUGCAGGAGGAGAGGGCUGAGCGUCUGUCCUGUCGCAGUUUUUUCCGCACUCUGAGCGAGCUUCGUGGUAAAGAGCGCUCGCUGCUGUUCGGAGACUUCCUCCUCCUCUCUAACUCCUCCUCCUCCCUGGCGUACCUGCGGGUCUGGGAUCAGAGCGAGCGCUACCUCGCCGCCUUCAACUGGGCCGGGGAGGCGGCGGUGCUGCAGCUGAGCGAUGCCGCGCUGCCUCGGCAGGCUACCGUCGUCCUCAGCACCAACAGCAGCGUCCUGCCUGCAGACAGCAGCGUGGACCUGACCAACCUGCAGCUGGGCCCGGGACAGGCCGCGCUCCUCAGGUUUCCCUACGCUGGAUAGAGUUUAGAUCUGUUAGAGAACAUGAUGAUUAAAGCCCCAUUCAGACAACAUUCACAUCACGGGGGGAGGCGGGGAAUAAUACCUUCAUGAGCUGGUCAGUAAUUACUGGGGUAAUGAAUGAACCACUUACAGAUCUCUGACCAGAGCAGGAGAAAAUCAGCCCACCUCCCCCACAGACAGUCUGAGAGGGGCAUUAUUCAUAUUAUCUGAAUAAUUAAUUAAUAAAUGUUUAAUGGUGUUUUCUCUCACGUCACCAGCUCCUUCACAUUUACUGGUUGUGUUCAAUAUAAAUUGUAUUAUGUGAUGACCCCUGCUCUCUCUACACUGUGCAUUCUGUGAAAACGAAACUAAAAUAAAGAAGCAAAAGCA